UGCUCACUCCGCUGUUUGUGCUGCUUUGUGCGCGCGUACUUGCGGGACCAGAGUCGGAGCAGAGGUCGGGGCGGCAGCAGGGCUCAACUCCGGCGAUAAGGAGCAACAGGAAACCUCUUGAAAGUUUUAUGUGAUCGAGAGUGCUCGGGGUAGAUUACCGGCUAUCCCGGGUCAUGGUGGGAUUGUUUGCGGGAUUGAGAGGAGCCACCAGGGGCCGCGCGCACUGGGGAUAUCCAGGGCGCCGGUAGUGCGCACCUACUGUGAGCAGCGGUGGGUGGUAAGCGGGCGGUGGGGUCGGUCCCUUCCUCAUGACAAAGCUUGUGACCCGACCGAUGAAUAAAUCGGGACGAGGUUUUGCCCGAGAGACAAGAUGAUCUCGGCGUUUUUCCCCUUGAAGAAACUGCGGCGCAACGGCAAGUACCUUCUGUUCGGGGCGAUUCUGCUGGUCGGAGCUCUGGCGGUCUACCAUGAGAUGGUUGCUGCGAAAGCAUGGAGCAGUGAUACAAGUAUGAAUCCUGACGCUGACGGCAGCAGCUGGAGGAGAGCCGUGUUUGACGAAUGGGUCAGAAGGGACCAUCAGCCAGAUCACAUGGAGGACUCAGCUGCGUGGAGCUCCAGCUAUACUCCACAAACCUGGAAACCAGAGUAUAAGGGACAGGCCAAUCUCCACAUCUUUGAGGACUGGUGUGGCAGUUCUACAGCUGAGCUCCGCAAGAACCUGCAUUACCCACUGUAUCCUCAUUCCAGGACUACAGUGCAGAAGUUGGCCAUCUCACCUCAGUGGACCAACUAUGGGCUCAGGAUAUUUGGUUAUCUGCAUCCAUAUACUGAUGGAGAGUAUGUGUUUGCUUUGAGUUCUGAUGACAACUCUGAAUUAUGGCUCAGCACUGAUGACUCUCCCCUCAACCUGCAGUUACUAGCAUGGGUUGGAAAGACUGGCACAGAGUGGACCGCUCCAGGCGAGUUUGAGAAGUAUGCCAGUCAGACCUCGAGACCAGUUAGGCUUUCUGCUCAGCUGAGGUACUUUUUUGAAGUCAUCCACAAGCAGAAUAACAAAGGGACAGACCAUGUGGAGGUGGCAUGGCAGCUCCUUGACCAAGGCCUCAGGUUCAUGGUUAUUGACUCUAAACACAUCUCCCUCUAUGUUAAUGAGUCUGCCUUGUUAAUGAGUGAUGUUGCCCACAUACCACAGACAGCUGCAAGCCACCAGCACACCCUCACAAAACAGCAAAGCGCUGCUGCAGCAGCAGACUUGCUGAGGGAAGACCCACGAGACGCUAUUUACCAAGUGCCUUUGAUAAACACCAAAUUCCUUCAAGGUGUUUUGCCCGACUGCUCGUACAAACCCAGCUACACAAUCAAAGACUUUCCUCUGCUCCGCUACCAAGGAUUGCAGUUUGUCCACAUGUCCUACAUCUACCCCAAUGACUACACCCGACUCACACACAUGGAGUCAGAGAACAGCUGUUUCUACCCCCAGAGCCCCUACUACAUGAAGAUGUUUGGUUUCUCUAGAUACAUGAGACUAGACCGACCUGAUAUGCAGGAAAAAGGAAACACAGGAAGAGAUUUUGGGUUCCAUGGGAGGAAAUCAGUCAUAGAUGAGGAGCACGACUUUGAAAAUGAGGCCUAUUACAGAGAAAAAGAAGUCAGGCCGGACCAGAGAGACAGUGCACUUUAUCCAGACUAUGGAGAUGAUUAUGAUGAUUAUGCUCAGAAACGCAGACGCAAACUCUUCUCCUUACUCAAACAAGAAAGUAACAACACACUGAACUCUUCUAACUCAAGACCGCACAUAGAUAAGCUGCAGAGGAGGCAAGGGAAAGCCAGUGUCUCACAGCCACAGCCAGAGAAACCAGGUGAGCUUUUGCAGUCAGAGCCAACACAAGUCUCGAAACACCCGCUGCAACAAAACCAGACAGAGUUGAAACUCGAGGGCCCAGUUAAAAAAGUAAAACAGAUAAAACAAAAAGGAAAAAGACUAACAAAGAGACAAAAGGAAAAAUCACUAAAGACAACUGGGAAACCAAGACUGACAAAUCCACCGAUAUCAGUGGGCAGAGAGCAGCUUAAAGCAAAGGAGCGAGCAGUAGUCCCGUCAGAGCAGCUCAACUCUAAACAGCGUCUGAGGUCCCGUAAAAUGAAUCAAACUCAAAUCCAGAGACUGAGAGCCUCAAAGCUUCAACCCUUGAAGAGGGAGGCUCCUUUGGGUGAAAAACCCACAGUGGCCAAGCAGUGGAGGAUUGUAACCAGAGAAGUGGGGCUCCAGCCACCCGCGAACAAGCAUUUUACCACUCCCAAAAGAGACAUCAACCGCCCUUUAGUAAGGUUAAAUCAAAAGGACACAGAUACCAGAAAACACCUCAGGGAAAAGGAGAUAGAGAUGAAUAUGCCUCUACAGCAGGAUUUAGAAAAUAGCAUCCACACAGCAAAGACAAGAACCAGAGACAAGGUGGACAAAAAGUGGUCAGACACGAACGAUGAGGAGGAGCAAGCAGAAAAGGAAGAUGAGGUUCACAACAGGGCUGAGCACAGGAGAGACACCAGGGAGGGUGACAGAGACUCCCUGUGGGGAACAGGAGGAGACUUUGAAGGUGCCGAUGAUGAGGAUCUUACCCCUGCGCCAGUGUUUGACACUGAGGUUAACUGGAGCCAGACCUUCCAGGUCAACCACCUGGACCUUCAGGCACGGCGUUCAGACUGGAUUGACCUCCGCUGCAACAUCUCAGGCAAUGUGCUUCUCCAUUCCAGUGAUGCUCUGCCCAUAGUCAAGGCUUUCAUGGACCAACUCCAAGAAAAGCAUCAUGGGCGAUUCACAUUGGUGCGUGUGGUUAAUGUGGUGAAGCGUGUGGAUGGUAUCCAGGGCAGCCGCUACCUCCUAGAGCUGGAGCUGAAAGACGCCAGCGGCCAGAAGCUGCGUGUAUCACAGUACAUUUACGCUUUGAGUCGCCACAGCAGGCAUCGCAGCAGGGACUUUGGUUUCCAACAGCCAAAACCUGAGCAGGUGCUGUGCAACCCCGUGGGCUUCCGCUGGAAUCCUGUUGCCACCGUCCACUUCAUAGUGCCAGUGAAAAACCAGGCUCGAUGGGUGCUGCAGCUGAUUGCCGACAUGGAGAAACUGUUCAGAGAAACUGGAGACGCCAACUUCAACCUCAUCAUCACUGACUACAACAGCACUGACAUGGACGUGAGGAAGGCUCUACAGAAAUCUUCACUCCCCAGGUACCAGUAUGUGAAGCUGGGUGGAAACUUUGAGCGCUCUGCUGGUCUGCAAGCAGGUAUCAACCUUAUAAAUGAUGACCACAGCAUAGUGUUUCUUUGUGACCUCCACAUCCACUUCCCUCCCUCUAUCAUCGAUACCAUUAGGAAACACUGUGUCGAGGGAUACAUGGCCUUUGCUCCCAUAGUCCUAAGACUGGACUGCGGGGCUACACCAUUAGAGGCCAGAGGUUACUGGGAGGUGAAUGGCUUUGGCCUGCUGGGAAUCUAUAAGUCAGAUCUGGAUGCAGUGGGAGGAAUGAACACCAAAGAAUUCACAGACCGCUGGGGAGGAGAAGACUGGGAGCUCCUCGACAGGAUCCUCCAGGCAGGACUGGAAGUGGAGAGGAUCUACUUGAGGAACUUCUUCCACCACUAUCACUCCAAACGUGGCAUGUGGAACCGUCAGAUGUCGCCCAGCCACAGGUGACCUUGUCGCCCACGGCUGCACUAUGAAUCUGCCACAGUUACAACCACAGCAACCAGAGCACUUUAAGGCUGAAGCAUGGUUCCUGCUAUAUAAUUGUAAUACCUGCUGACUGACAGAGAGAGUGAACUAGGACUAGAUAUGGCCUUCAUUCACUCAAGCUUUGCAGAGCAGCAACUUUACAAGUGGCAGCAGUGAAGGUCGUUGCUAAGGAGAUACUACUGAUACUAUUUUUUAUUUCACUGGAUGUACUGUUGACUACUGAGAUGGUGCUGGCUGGUGUGUUCCAUCAACUAAGUGAUAUUAUAAAUGAAGAUACUGCUGUGCACCAUGUUGCUAACUGAGACCACAAUGACCUGCACUACUGGCUACCAAGACCUGACCCGAUCCAAAGACAAAACGUAAAUUAAAUGACAGAGCACACUCCAAGGAUGCAUAACCACAAGUGUCCUAUAUCAUGAAGAUCUUGCACAGGAGUCUUAAGUGGAUAAAAAUAUAUAUUUGUUUUGUUUGUGACAAAAUGAAAUAUGUGUAUUUGACUCAUGUAUAAGGUAAACACAGCCUUAUUUGUCAUGUUGUAAAUUAUGGAAACUUUCUAUUUAUUAUAUCAAUGUUUGUAGGAUGUUUUUUUUUUUCCAUUUGUGUUUAAAGUUAUUUCUAGGGAGAUGCAAUGAAAUUUCUGAUAAGUGUACCUCAGUUUGCCUGUUGAGCACCCUCCCCCCGUUCUCAUCUUGAUAAAAAUGUGCCUUCUUCUGUGAUUGUUAUUCAGGUACUGAGGGCUGUUUUUACAGACAAGUCAUGAAGAUAAUGGUAAAAUAAUUAAAUAUUUAAGAGAGAGAAAGAGAAGGCUUGUCAGUUUUUAAAAAAAAAUGACUUGGAUUUAGAUAAGCAUGUUUGCUUGUCCUAGUUAAUCACAGACAUGAAACGGUGAUAUAUGUAUAUAAUAGAAAUACUGAACCGGCAUAUGUUGUCCAUUUCUGCCUUUUCUCCAUACACUGCCACUUACCAAAGAUAAUAGCUGAAAGUUGAGAAGUGCAGAAAGUUCAUGAAGCAGGGUUUGUUUUUUGAAACUAUUGAAAGUGUCUGUGGAAAUAUAGCAUUAAGGGCCAUUUUAGUCAAGUCUUCAUUUUACUGUAAUUUAUGUCCAUGCAACCAGCUCAUAUUCUUUUUAUAUUUCUACCAGCUGAAUUUAAUCGUUUCUGUUCUGAAGAAUCUCAAAAUCUUUGUUUGUUUGUUUGUUUGUUUGUUUUGACUCGGUCCAUGAAGCUUCACAGUCAUAUACUGUUUUCACUGUCAACACAGUAAAAUAGAUAGGAAAUGUAGUGGGUGAAAAAUGAUCUUGUGGAUUUAUCAUAUUGUUUUAUUGUUAUUUAAGACAAAACUAAUGGCAGCAUUUUCACAUUCCGCUUUAACAAAUUUGUGCCUUUCUUAGAGAUUUGAAACUGAUACAUGUUGAACCUUUUCAUUUGUCAUGUAGGAUGAAAACACAACUCAGUUCUGGUCUGAUGCCAGACUUUGCUGAUGGCUUUAUGCAAAGAGUUGUGCAAUGUUUUGUUUUUAGAUUACCUCAUUCCUCUCUUAAUGCUAGGAGUUAAUCUCUGCCUUAUUGUAUGGUUCAGGAGUCUCUUCUCUCAGGGACAGAUUUUUCCAUUUUACACUGCCUUGACAAAUCUUAGGAAUAAAUUUCUC